GGUGAUUAAGGUUGUUCGAAUUGAUCUGCCUCGGUGCUGUUGUUUACCUUCUCUUCUUCGCAUCCGAGAGCCCCAUUACACGUUACACGAGGGCGAGGGAGUAAUCUGACAACAAGCAUGGCUCUGUUUGGCGAGUGCUGCAACGAUGGAUGUGUGUCUUUGCACUCUUUUCCCCUCUUCUCCCACUUUCCCACUUUCUUACUUUCUCACUUUCUCACCUUCCCACUUUCCUUUCUUCCCAUUCACCCUCCCCCAAUCCAUCAGGAACUGUCUCGUAUCUCUCUCAACUUUUCACGCUCUUCUGUCUGUCUCAAGUACGUCUCUACUCGAUCUCAAUAAGCACGGCCCAGCGGCGACUCAUUGGAAUCUCUGCUAGAGAUGACGAGGGAAGCGAAUAUCACUCCACUCGACCGUCUUAUUCGUGUGCAGACCGUCUUGAACAAAGGAUUGGAGUAGAGAACAUUGCACAAGGACAGACCAUCUCUUCAGCUGGUGAAAGGACUCGAGAAACAAAUUCCUGUUGAGUUGGUAUCGCUGCUAGGACGCACGAAGAGGACAGAUCGUCAGGACUACCUCUGCUUCCAACUAAAGGAAAUAAGAGUCAAGUAAACA